AUGAAAAGAGAAUUCUUUCUUAAAGUUAAAGAUGAUUUGUGUGAAAUGGACCCGGAGUCGCCUCAAGGAAUAGAUGCACUUGGAAUGCCGGGUCAUUCUCCACAUAUGAAAACGCUAGCUUGUCUUGGGUUACUUGCUACGGGGCAAUCGGCCGACUCGAUAGAUGAUUAUGUGAGAAUGGGCAAAAAAACUCUUGAUAAGUACUUGAAGAGAUUCGUUAGAAACAUAGUUAGGCUUUAUGGCGGGGAGUACUUGCGCAACCCAAACCAAGAUGAUAUUAAUCGCAUUUUAGCCGAGAAUGAAGCAAGGGGUUUUUCGGGUAUGCUUGGGAGUAUGGAUUGCAUGCAUUGGCCUUGGAAGAAUUAUCCUUCGUCUUGGGCAGGAUAUUAUGCAUCUUAUAAAGGUGAACCGACGAUAGUUUUGGAGAGGGUUGAUACUUAUGAUUUGUGCUUUUGGCAUGCAUAUUUUGGGAGUCCCGGAUCAAAUAAUGAUCUUAAUGUACUUAACACAUCUCCAUUGUUCGAUGGUAUCUUUGAUGAAAAUGCUCCAAAAGUUGAUUUUCAAGUAGGUGGUGGAAGAUUUGAUAUGGGUUACUACUUGGCCGAUGGGAUAUAUCCUAAGUUAUCCACUAUUGUGCAAGCUUAUAAGAAACCAACAAACCCGAGACAAAGAUGUUUUACCAAGAUGCAAGAAGAGGAUCAGAAAGAUGUUGAGCGUGCAUUUGGUGUUCUACAAGCAAAAUGGCAUAUAGUGAGAGGUCCGGUUGAAUAUUGGGAUGAAGAAGACUUAAAAUUCAUAAUGGGCUUGUGUGAUAUUGCAUAA